AUGCUCGCUCCAGCGGCCGCCCGCCGAGCGUCGUCCCCCACGGUUGCCCUGGCCGCCGGCAUCCCGCCGAGAGCAGCCAUCGCCGCCGCCCGCCGCGCCUUUCACACGCCGCCCGGUCGCCGUACGGCCCAUGGCGCUGGGGGAGGAAACAAGCCGCCGGCCGACGACUCGGUGACCGAGGACGACGCAAAUGCCGAGCCCCAGGCCGCGACCGAGACGGCGGGCGGCCGCGUCCGCAGCCAGGUCGCCGCCGCCUCCUCGAGGGCUCGCCAGGCUCGCAAGCACGUCGCCUCGGCGCUGCCCCCGGUCAACUUGCCCCAGAGCUUCCUCGACAAUAACGUCUCCAUCCACACCCCCGGCAUGCCGUCCCCCCUGCCCGCCGCCCUGGCCGAGGACGCGAAGCACCCCAAGGUCUCGCGCCUCUUCUCCGACAAGGGCCCUGGCUCGCUGCAGAAGCGCCGGGCCCUCGCCGACUACUUCGACACGGCGCUCGAUGUUCUCUUGCGCAUCGACCGCAAGUUCGCCCGCAGCUUCGCCGACUCGCGCUCCGACGAGACCAACGUCCGGUGGAACUCGCCUCGGCCCAUUGAGAAAGUGGUUCGUUACUGGGACAUGAUUCUCGACUCGGCCUGGCACUAUGUUGACGCUAUUUACCCUGCCCGGCGGCCCGAAUACAUCUACACAGCCCGCCCAUUCUGGUGGUGGGACAUCUACAAGGACUACGACCGCCGUACCCACACGUUCCGCCACAAACUGCCAACCCUCGCCUUGUAUCUCAGUCGGCAGCUCUACUGGGCCCGGAACCUCGACUACCCUUCUCCCCACGUCUUUCUUGACCUCCCCACCGACACCAUUGCUGGCUUGACAUGUGCCGUCGGCAAUGAGCUGUCUGCGUCGCCCCCGCCAACCUUUGAUGCAAAGAGGAGCAAACGUCCCAUCAACAUCCUGUCAGUGUCUGGACACGGUGGCUCCGCCGUAUCCGAGGCGCUGGGGGCGAAAAUUGCACAUCUCCACGGUGCAGACUUGAUCCGCUUGGACGCCUACGACCUUUCUGUCCUAGUUGGCGAGUAUCUGGGCCAAGACUGGGCGUAUACGCGGGGCGGCCUGUCCAUGCUGGGAUUUCGUGCUGCCGAGCUCAACGGCAAACUGCCCCGAGAACCGGAAGCCACCGAGCGGCUCCUCGACGACGAAGACGGCGACGGCGAAUCGGCCAUGGGCGGCGUCCGCGUGGUCUCUGGGACGCUGGAAGAGGAGCUGCAAAAGAUCAAGCAGGGCGCCUUUGACUGCUUUACCAAGUGGGAGAACCUCAAGGUGGACAAAAUCCUCGAUCACAUUAUCCGUUCUGCACAGCUCAAGUCGCCGUCCUCGCAACCUCGCACUCUUCUCAUCCAAGUGCACGAUAUUGUGGAGCUAAGUAUGACUCUAGAAGGGGCCCAGCUCAUCAGCAGGCUGAGGGCUCUGGUAGACGCUGCGUGGCAACACGGCGCCAAGAUUGCCGUGCUGGGGACCUCUUCGUGCGAGCAGCCGUCGGAAGAAUACCAAGGCGCGACCCAGGACCUCGCCGUCAGCGAUCUGGUCAUCACGCGCCACCUCGAGGCAGACCGAGCGGACAAACAGACAGCGCUAAGCCCGCGCCGCCCUGCCUUCAACCUUCAAAAGGCAGAAUACUUUGUCGAGAAUAUGUGCAACGUCAGGAGAAUGCUCAGGGCAAUGGACCCCGAGUCGGCACCGCGGUUUCGGGAACCACUAGGUCCGAGGAUGUGGGCCUGGUUUGAUAUGGAGGGCCAGGACGCUUCCAUCCUGCGUGACUCGAUUCUCCCGGCUCCCGAAAUCUACCAUCUCGCUUCUGCCUUUCGAACCCAUGAGCGUGAUGGAGAGGAUCACGGGUUCAUGGGGUUCACGGAACGAACCUCCAUGGGCCCGCUGCGGCAGAAGCCUGGGCAGCCCUAUCCCGGCGAGAAGCGCCCCGAGGAGGAGGCCGAGCAGAGCAAUCCCCCCCGGGACGCAGACCAGGACAAGACGGACCCGCGGGCGUCUGCGAUGAAGCUAAACGACUACGAGAAGCGAGUCUCGGCUGGGCAAAUCGACCGCGAGAAUCUCCGGACGACCUUUGCCGACGUCCACGCACCGCCAGAAACCAUAUCCGCGCUCAGGCUACUCACCUCGCUGACGCUCGUGCGGCCCGAUGCUUUUUCGUACGGCGUGCUGGCCCAAGACAGGAUCCCGGGCUGUCUCCUCUACGGCCCACCCGGCACGGGCAAGACGAUGCUGGCCAAGGCCGUGGCCAAGGAGAGCGGAGCCAACAUGCUCGAGAUCAGCGGCGCCACCAUCCACGACAAGUGGGUGGGCGAGAGCGAGAAGCUGAUCCGCGCCGUCUUCACGCUGGCCAAGCGCCUGUCGCCGUGCGUCGUCUUCAUCGACGAGGCCGACGCGCUGCUCGCGAGCCGCAGCAUAGCGGGCAGCCGCGGCGUGCACCGCGAGCACCUCAACCAGUUCCUGCGCGAGUGGGACGGCGUGCAGGAGACCAACGCCUUCAUCAUGGUGGCCACCAACCGGCCCUUUGACCUCGACGACGCCGUCCUGCGCCGCCUCCCGCGCAAGAUCCUCGUCGACCUGCCCCUGCGCGGUGACCGCGCGGCCAUUCUGCGCCUGCUGCUGCGCGGCGAGACGCUCGACGACUCGGUCACGCUCGACGCCUACGCCGAGCGCACGCCCUUCUACUCGGGCUCGGACCUCAAGAACAUGUGCGUCGCGGCCGCCAUGGCGGCCGUCGAGGAGGAGAACGCGGCGGCGGCGCGGCACGAGGGCCCGGAACCCUUUCGCUACCCUGAGCGCCGCGUCCUGCGCGCCGACCACUUCGAGCGGGCGCUGAGCCAGAUCCCCGCCAGCAUCAGCGAGGACAUGGCGUCGCUGCGCAUGAUUCGCAAGUUUGACGACGAGUACGGCGGCGGCAGGCGACAGGGCCGCAAGAAGACGAUGGGCUUUGGCGUCGUCGAGCGCGACCAGCCGCCGGGGACGGGCGAGGCAAGGAUCCGCCGGGACAGCAACCCUUGA